CUUUAAUCAGCUAGUCAAUUGUCGAGGUGCCACUGGCAAAUAUUACUAAAUUUAGUGGAUUGGGAUACCAGAGACUUGGCAUACAUACAAUAUAAGAAGCGAUUGACCUUUUAAAAUUGUAUUGCCAAUGAACUUUUAUCGGCGCAGGUACCGAGAUCACGAGGACGUCAAGCUGGCUCCUGGUUUCUCAGUGACGGCGUUAAGCUAUAAUCUGAAUUCAUUUAUACUCGCUGAUUUAAGUUGUUGCUGGUCAUUUACCUUUUCUUACUCAUAAUGAAGGCUGUUUACCAAAAUUUUCAGUCUCAUCAGUUAGUUCAAGGUAAAGCUCUCGUUGAGCGCAGCAAAGGCAAUGGACUAAGCGAGAGUUAGAAAAGCAAUACUCGGAAAAGCUGCUAUAUGGAAUGUCCACUUGAUGUACUUCAGUAUGUGCCACACAAACCAGCAUAGCUUCAAUCGUUACACACAAACAAAGGAGAAUAGCACGCUAAUUUUCUUGCGCUGAGGCUAAAAAAACUAAAUCACUUUUGUAUGACAUUAGAGCUAAUUGUAUGACAUGGAGCUCUCGGCCUCCAAAGAAAUUCACAGUUUUCGCACCCGCCUAAGGUAGGCGUGUGUCGAUGUGGUCAUGCCGCCAACCAAUGAAAGGCAACAUUGAACUCACUAGUGAGUCUCCUGACAAAGAGAUCCAUUGAAACUCGCGGGGAAAAGAGUAAGGUCAGAGUUUUUCGCCUCCGUCGUGAUCUUCUGCUUUCGAUUUCUUUGGUCCGGGCUUUCUGCUAGAUUUGUCCCCAAGUGACUUCUAUUCUUGACGACUCUUAUUUUUCAAUGUAUUGGGAAAUGUAACAAAUUCACUCCUUUUGUGCGGUGCAAUAUGCGAUAUAAACGAAAAAUGCAAAUCGAAAUCCCGGACAAAAGUCCGCAAAGAACGUCAAAACUCUGCUGAAGAUUUCCACAAUAUACACCUUUUAUUAUUUGGUACUAGUUACACUCUUUCAGCCGUAUCUCAAACUAUUUUUUAAUUUUUUUUUUUCGCAAAUUAAAGUAGGAUGAUUUCUAUCACUGAAGAGCAAAACAACGAAAUUUUGAUCAAGUUUUUCGACGGCUGCCUUAGGCAAAGUAUCACAAGUUGCUAAAAAAAAUUAUAUUCUUUCUUUAAUUAUGAAUAGUCAGUUUAAGCAAGGUGGUUUAAUUACACAUGCUUUGUUUAUACCUACCAUUUAUCAAUAAAUUAUAGAAAAGGUUUUUUUUUUUUUUUUUAAAGAGAGUUCAUCGCCUAAAUCUAAGAAGCAUUCUUCCAUUAUGUUUUGUGACUCGAGUGUGAUGUAAAUUUCAAGGAAACUGAAAACGGCAAUCAAGCUGCCAAGUUGUUGCGUGCGAGCAGUUGGCUGGUCGAGGCUGAAGUAUCUUUCGCUUUCAAGGCAAAAUAAAACUCCACGUGGUGCCGCUUCUCUGUGUGAGCUAAGACAUCAGGGAACACAUGUUCUACAAACUCCUUUCAUUUUCUUCAUUUUUGGUCCGAUUAAACACGAAUACACUCGAUUUAAAUUCAAAAUUUGCAUAAGCACCUGCUUUUUUUUUUUGAGAAUAGAGAACUUGAAUAAAAACAACUAAAGACAUAUGAUAAUUUUCAGGCUUCUACGUGCUUUUUGUGAAUAAAGAUGAGAUAAAAGAUAAUAGCUGUACUUUCUGGGAUAAUUUGCAAUGGCGUGAGUGGAGAAUAAAACAAUGGUGAUUGUUUUCAUAUCAAACUUUGCUGACAGUAACAACCCAGACAAGCUUCUUGACAGUACAUCACCCUACUACAAAGCGUCACCAAUAAGUUCGGAAAGUUGACAGUAGUAUUUGGCAUCUUUACUUUUCCAACAUAAUGAAACAGGUUGCCACCAUUUGGCGAUAUAAAAUUAUUCGUCGGGUGUCUGAUGCCGAAAGUAUGGUAUACACGGUUUCUCUUUAGCAAGUAUUUGAAAGUGAAAAUUGUAACACAUGCUAUAUAUAUAUAAACAACAAAAAUUGGCUAUCUGAGCGGAACACCAAGGCUCAGUGACACUCUAUUUGGGUAUUGCCCGGUGAAUCUCGUCCGCAAUUUGAUCGACGCAUUUAUUCUUCUCGUCUCUCUGAAGACAAGUCACUGGAUUUUGAUCAUUUUGCUUUGCGACGAUUAAGUUAGAUCGAAAAUCAUUCACUUUCAAGGAGCUGAUGUCGACCGACCAACUUCUUCGAGGUUCUCCCAUUUCAUCCGAUUGUUUGGGAAAAGCGAAGCAAGGCUCAUUUGUGCUAAAGGGGAAUGGCUGUGAGAUGAACGCUUACGUGACUAACAGGACAAACGACACAGACAAGCAAAGAAUCACCAGCGGUCUGUUAGCAAAUGGAAGGUAUCUCCCUUUUUUGACUCGGAAGUGUGGCUGUGCCGAAUGUAUAAUCGCCCGUGAAAAGAUGGAAUUAAGGCACCCCCGGAGCAUCCAAAAUGGACGCCAUGGUUCAUGCUUGAACGAAUCCUUCUUCAAUCAAACGAAAAGCGAAUACAGUCAUAAGCGUCAAAUCAAGGAACAAAGAAUAGAAACACAUCCCUACAGCGCUCAGCUACGAAACGGCACUGGUUCAUCAUGGGCAGAAAAACACAGGUUCAGGCCACUGGCAUGUGACAACAUUUCUCAUCCUUUACAAUACAAUAACAAUCCCAGAAUGUCCGAGAUGUAUGCAACUACGCUGAGUCCAAAUGGGACAGAUCCUUUUUCCAGAAUGCUGAGCAUAGGCCCUGUUGGUAAAGGAAACCUAACUGAAACAAAUCAUUGGGCAUGGAAUGGCUCCUUGGACUCUUCUAGCAAACAUAAAACUCAACUGCAAUUAUCAAGUAUUCAGCAACCUUAUCUCACCCAACAACUCAGUAGGGACCCACGUUUAAGAAGGAAAAAUGAACCGUUGAAUGGAAACGAUACUUCAAGUAUAUAUUCGAUGUAUCAAGCUCAAGAAAACGCUGAGCUUGUGCAAAGGGGUCAGGAGGGACACAAACAUCAAAGCAACGAGGAUAACACCAUGGGAUGCUGGGAUCAACGACCAAAGAGAGCUCUAGACUGGAAUUUUUCAUCAAAGCCUCAGCCCCCCCAACCCCAGCAUAUACCAAGCAUCUACCCAGAGAGAUGGGGGGUGAAUGCAGUAGUAAGGGAACAUAAAGUGAGGGUGAACGAAAGGAAAGACCGACCAUGCCGGAUAAGCAAGCCGUCACGAACAUCGCUCGAAGAACUCUCAAAAAAACAUACUACAGUUAACGAACGUUCUCAUUCAUCCAAUGCUACUCCUUGGAAUAAUCCAUAUGAUCUAGGAGUAAAAACUUACGGAACAUCUAGAGUGGAAAAUAAAAAAGAUUCCAAAAGGACAUCAACGUCGGUAGAAAACUGUGGCUCUGAAAGCAAACAAACAAAGGGCAAUUUAAAGUCAUUUCCAAAUGACCAUAUGCUUCGAAGCAAGCCACAGUGGAAUAUUGACGAUGAAGAAUUGAAAAAUGAAACCCAACAUUUAGAAAUGGUCGCCCGUGAAGAAAGGAUAAGAUCAUUGAAAAGUUUACUUGCUAAACAAGAGCAAGCACUGGAAUCACUGAGAUUUCGAAAGAAACCUUCCAAAAAUAAAGCUAUUCAUAAACCCUCUACAAGACACAAAGCAAUUUCAAUUGAUCAAGGGAACUUUAACAAAAGCAGUGAUCAGCCUCAAACUUACUCAUCAUCAGGGACGACUUCGGGAAAUUCGUUGAAACGGAGAUGGCUCCAAAACUGGGAUGAGGAAGAGGAGCCCGAGCCUAAACACCCAGUUAAGAAGGAGAAAGAAAACGAAAGGCAAUCAAAUGGUAGCCUAUCUGAAAACGAAAAUCAGAACCUCAGUAAUGCUGAAUUUACAGCAUUAGAAGGACUCGUGACACUCAGCAAGAAUUAGGCCUAGAACUUAAACAAUUGUAACCAUUUCACCUUAGCUAUGAGCGCAUAGAGCGCAUAUUACAUACUAGUUCAAAUGUAUUAAUAAAAUAGUUAUCGAUUCAGUCAUCAGAUUUAUUUAUAUGCGAACGAUCAAAGAUGUGUCUGUUGUACUAAACUACGACAGGGUGCUGCUCUCCUUGAGGAUAAAAUGGGUAGUAAACAAGUGCAUAAAUGAAGGGCUUUCUUCUAACUACAGAGGGCAGCUUCAUGCAUAAUCAGAUCUUCACAACUUUCAGCAACACUAAUCCAAUAACUAAUCACAGGUUAGGUCAGGUUAGACGGAACCAGGUCAGGCCAUAGUGCAAGUUCUUCGUUUGAACGUCUGUAGCGGACCAAAGAAAUUUUUACUCGGAAGCAUGCAUGCGCACCAAAAUUGACCGCCCAGAGACUCCUCAAAACUAAACUCAAAGAAUGAUACAGGCAUGUACGUUUAAGGAACCUCGUUUAAUUUGAAAAAGUAAACGUAUCUGUAACGAUGGAUAGUUUAUGAUCUAGACUUAGGUCUGCGUUUUAAAGGCAAUUGAUCUUGAAGUGGAAUUAAAAGCUGUUCGAAUAGU